AUGCAGUCCGAUCACAUCGCCCAAGAGUCUCACAAUCCAAAUGCACAUCAACCCGGGGCGCAGCAAGACCAGCGAGCUUUGAGCUUAGAGGCGAAGCCUUCACCUGACAGACUCUUCUGUUCUCUCGAAGCGGUAGCUCAGGUAGCGUCUGAUUCAGCCUUUGACGGUCGUCAGCCUAUGCCACAGGCCGAACGCAGCGAGACUUCUUUGGUCAGCGCUGGCAAUGUAGGUACACUCAAUCGACAACAAAGACGCAAGGAUAUGAAGGCAGUGUCGAGGCAAGUUCGACAACUCGAAGCCGAACACCGUGCUAGAAAGGCAGCCAUAAAGCGAUCAGAAGCCCGACACAAACAAAAAUGUAUGCCUUUUGAGCGUCGUGACUCCGGUAUGAGCAACAGUCCUGCGGUUCGCGGAAUGCCUUUACCGCCUGUAGGCCAUGAGGACCUUUGUGUGAAGGCGGCAUCGGGAGAAGGACUCGCCGAAAGCAUUGGCAUCUACAAACACCACUACAAGUACGGGGAGCUUCUAGUCCCCCACCCCAGAUCUGUCGACCAAAACUACGUGGAUCACCUGACAUCCGAAAUGUUCAGACUGUCACAAGCUCUUGUAGAAUUUCGAGUUGGAACACCAGCAUAUCGUGAUAUGGACUGUCAGAUUGAGAUCCGGAGAGUACAGCUCGACAUGAUCAGCCAGGCGAGACUUCGUCGCACGCACUUCAAGGAGUUGCGCCGAGGACUUGAUGCCAUACAUCGCGACGCCGACAUCGACCCAGCUGCACAACUUGAUCAGGAUGACGCCACUUUUUCGAAAACUUUGAGCAUGGAAGACCACCUUCGUGGUGAAUCUCUGAUGCCUGAAGAGCAUCGCGAAUUCCAAGGAGCAGCAGAAAAAGAACCUGAGUCCACCCUUCCAGCUACAUCAGGAGCAAUCACUGCCAAGGCGCAGAAGAACAAGCGCAAGAAUGAGCGCAAGAAGGCGGCAGCUCGUCAGGCCAAAGAGAAGCAGCAACAGCAGCAGCCAUCCUCCCGAUCCACCCCUGAGGACGGAGGUCUCGACAGCAAAAACGCGGGUGCUUCAGGAUCCUCCAUAGACAGCGGACGACCGAAGCAUUCACAUCGCUUGCAGCGGAGUACUUCCUUCCAUACUGUCAAGAUGAGCACAGAGCAAGAGAAGCAGACUGUCCUGAGGCACGCCAAGUCAGCCAGCUUUGCACAGGCCUCGACUCAGCAAUUUCCGUUUGAAGCUCUCUGUGCUUCCGAGACAGUGUCCACCGGAGACAAAGAAGGCUCAUCUGGUGAGGAGAGGCUGACAGAUUACACAAAGAUGCUAAAUCCGAAUGACGGUAGUAGUGGUCAGAUCUCUGAUCAGCCGCAGCAGCCGACGGCUCCAACAGUUGCAACGGUCAACGUUGCGGAUACUCCAGAAUGUGCUGAAAAGUCAACGGAAGCAUUGCACCGCUGUGCACAGGGCCUGCAGGAAAGUGUCGAAGACGCCCCAGCUUCCUCGGCGAAGCAGGCGAAAACCUGCUCGCCUUGCGCUCGAAAGACAGCAGACGUCAUCGAUGAUCAGGCAGUACCAAUCAUUGAUAGCAAGUAUCACGCCCUCGACCGCGCUGACAAGGGAAGACAUUCCUCUCCUCCCGGUGAAGCGCAACAAAUCUCACGCAGCUCCUCUCCGUCACCAUCACCAUUUCAAGACGAACGCGGACCUCACGACUCUCCAAAAGAUCAUGCGCAUUAUUACGACGAAGAUGGUCUGUGGGUACGCAGCAUCAACGGCCCCUGUGUAUACGUUCGCGACGAAGACGUGGUCUUUGACAGGUCAUUCAGCGUGUAUGGUAAACACGUGGUCGAACUCGUGCUGCAGAAGUAUGAGCAAGCCAUUGUGGACCAUCACAUCGUUGGAGAAAUGAAGGGUUAUCUGGUCCUAGAAGGGGGCUUCAUCGUCGAACUUCUGGAUCGCAAGGGUCGCUGCGACAUUAUUGGCUUCUUCCCCGAAGGAAGUCCGUAUCACAUUCCCUUGACUCCUCUGUUGGCUGAGGAGGCAAGGCGCAGAGCCAUGCACGAGGAACUUCAACUCCGGCAAUGGAUGGCUAGGGAGUCAGCUGCACUUCAAGACGAUAGCGAGACUGACCACGGCUAUUCCGCAAGUGAGGGUAGCUUGUCUGACGGAGGAGAAGACGAUGCAACGAGAUCCGAAGAGUCUCUUCCACACCGUCGCCAUCGCCGUUCGGGCACCAUCCAGGACACUCUCCGUAAAUUGCAGCAUGACAGUCAAUUCAGCUGGGUAAUCGACAGUGAAGACUGUUGCGAGGAAUCCGAUGGCCAAGCCACCGACGAAGAUAGCGAUGAAAGCAUAGACUGCACCGACGACUGUCUUCAAGAGCGAAAGCAGGGUCAUUGGCGCCCUCAUAGAGAGCAGGAGGCGGCUUGGCGAACAAAGACAUAUUGUGGCGCUGGACCACUUUCAGGGGGACACGAAGCGCGAUGUAACCUGCAAGGUGCCCAGCGGCCCCCUCCAGCCUACAAACUUCCACGGAAGCUUCAAGAGCUUAAAGCAAGGCUUGCAGCCGGCAAGCUCGCUGAACAGGUCAGUCCAGAGUCGUUGCUGGGCAUCAAUGCUCGCAAUGCUCAAGCCCCGUACGACCCAGCGGAGCGCCCGGGCAGACGGUCGAUCGAGCCCAGUCUUGGCGCGCGAAAGCCUCCUCAGGCGACUUCUCGAAACAAUUUCAGGAUCCCUAGCAGCCGUCCGGCCCCUCCAAAGCCCAGGCUUAUCGAGAGCAAGCCUACUUUACGUGACGACGCUCCUCAGCAGAAAAACAUUUCCAUUGCAGAAGAAGCGCCUUUGCGCAAAUAUGGUGGUAUCGACGCAGCCUCCUUGCCUCGACCCAAGGUCGCUCGUAGCCUUCGAUCGAGGCACUUUGGCGUCCGGCUUGGCAUUCAAAGGGAUCGUCGUCACAAUGCAGGAUCGCAGAGAGCCCUCACUAGGAGAGAACAUCAACCGAAACCUCACAGUCAAGCCGACAAUGAUGCAGCACAUGCACGACAGUCGGUCGACACGGAAGCUGGAACCGUGAACAUGCAGGAAGCAACGUUGCGAGCUCUUCAGGAGGCUCUCCGCCGCAGCCUAGGUGUGUUGACUAUGAACGACGAAGACCGAGCCCCUCACUCGAGCCAUGAUGCCACUGAAACACCCGAGCCCAACUCGAGCCGCGUCUACGAAAUCGAGACUGAAGAGGAUGAGUCUGUUGAGCAAGCAGAGGGCGGUGCGACAAACGGCAUCUGAACUGCAAGAGUAGAAGGUGUACACCUUGGAAGGGCACGACUUUGUCACCUUAGUGUCGAUUGUUGCCUUUGGUAGUUGCCGACCCUCCAAUAAAGUGUCCUCCUCAUAUCCGAUGUUGGGUGUGAUUCUUGUGAUUGGUAGUGAUG